AUGGAACUUGGAAAUGAUUGUGAUCAAAUUGAUCAUUUAAAAAGACUUUUGGCAAAGGAAUUUGAACUUAAGGACUUGGAACAACUUAAGUUUUUUUUAGAGAUGGAAGUUGCUCGAGCAAAGAAUGGUAUCUAUGUUUCACUGAGGAAAUACACCAUUGACUUACUUCAAGAAACUGGAAUGCUUAGGUGCAAGGCAGUGGCGAGGAUUAGUGAAGAAGAUGAAUUUAGAGAUAUGGAAGCGUUGCUAGAGCAGUGGCACGUUAAAUCCAUGUGCGACAGAAGGAGCGGCGCGUGGGAAGGCGGGCGAUGGCACGAUUUUGGGGACGAGACAAUAUGGAGGAGGCGAUUCCAACAAUAUAGGUAUCUCGUCGGAAAAUCGUCGGGACCAGAGGCAUUAGUGGCGGAAAUACCGAUUGUUAGAUUAUAUAAUCGAGAUUUGAUGGAAAAUGAUGCAGUAUCCUUGUUGAAGGUUGUCAACCGUAGACUUGUUGAGGAGAGAUAUCAAGAUAAGGAGGUUUUCAUUUCAGUGUGUCAAGCUGUACAAAGUUCUACUCCAUAG